AACGGAGAAACAGGAUGUCCCGCCUCUUCCUCCCAAAGGGAAGACGGUGAGCCGGAGGAGUCAGUCAGAGGGGCGAGCAGGAGCGAUUCCGUCGCCAAACAGGUUAUGAGUGCCAGCGAGCCUCCUUGGAUAGAAGCAUCGUCAGCACUUUAUUAAUGAUGGAUAGUGAGAAUAAACCUGAAAAUGACGAGGAUGGAAAGAUAAACAAAGAAGCACAAGACUUGACAAAGCUUUCAUCCCAUAAUGAAGAUGGUGGGCCUGUGUCUGAUGUGACAGCAAGUUUCCCUGAGAAUUCUGUGGGCAAAAGAGGUUUUUCAGAAUCAUUGAACUUUGAUAGUGUUGUUAUAAAAGACAUAAAUAAACAUGCUUCCAAACGUAGGAGAUUAGAUGAGGCAGAGCCCCUUAAAUCUGGAAAGCAAGGUGUUUGUCAGUUAGAAACUUCUGAGAGCUCAGUCACAGAAGAGGGUAUUGCAUUAGAUGAAACAGGGAAGGAGACCUUUCUGAGCGACGGCACAGUUGGAGACACGGGUCUCCCAAAUGCCCUUUCUCCUUCUCGCAAUUUUAGCACUAUUGAUGUUGUUUCUCUGAAAACAGACACUGAAAAAACAUCUGCUCAGGAAAUGGUUUCCCUUGAUCUGGAAAGAGAAUCGCCUUUCCCCCUGAAAGAAAUUAGUGUUAGUUGUACCACUGGGAGUGUAGAUCCAGUUCUCAAGUGCAGCAUCUGUGGGCAUUUGUUUUCUUCUUGCUCUGACUUGGAAAAACAUGCUGAGUCUCACGUGCAGCAGUCUAAGGAACAUACCUGUUGUCACUGCAGCCACAAAGCAGAGAGCAGCUCAGCGCUACAUAUGCAUAUCAAACAAGCACAUGGGACACAGAAGGUCUUUUCUUGCGAUCUUUGUGGUUUCCAGUGUGCAGAAGAAAACCUGUUGAAUGCACAUUAUCUUGGCAAAACACAUCUCCGUCGUCAGAAUCUGGCUGCUCGGGGAGGAUUUGUACAGAUCUUAACAAAACAACCUUUUCCUAAAAAAUCAUGUACAGUGGCAACAAAAAGUGUUCACUCAAAACCAAGAACUUCUAAACCAAUAGCAAAGAAUAGUGAUCCAAAAGGAUUACAAAAUGUGGGAAGCAAAUUUAAAGAUUUCAGAGGAAGUAUUUCUAAACAAAGUGGUAGUAGCAGUGAGCUUCUUGUUGAAAUGAUGCCUUCCAGAAAUACUUCGUCACAGGAAGUAGAGAUUGUUGAAGAAAAUGUUACUUCCCUUGGUGUAGCUCAGAAUCCUGAAAACCAGAGUAAAAAGCUAGACACCUUAGUAACCUCAGAGGGUCUCUUAGAGAAAUUGGAAUCUACGAAAAAUACCCUGCAGGCAGCAGCACACGGUAUCAGUGUAACCUCGAGGCCAAGACCCGAGCGAAAUAUUCUCGUGUUGGGUAAUAGCUUUCGUCGACGAAGCAGCACUUUCACCUUGAAGGGCCAGGCAAAGAAAAGGUUUAAUCUUUUGGGAAUUAAAAGAGGCACAAGUGAAACUCAGCGGAUGUAUAUGAAACACUUGAGAACACAGAUGAAAACACACGAUGCAGAGUCAGUGCUGAAACACCUGGAAGCGAGCAGCAGCGUACAGAGACUGUGUGUGACUACCUCAGAAACCCAGGAGGCAGAGCAGGGCCGGGGGAGCGCCCAUCCUCCGGACUCCGGGCUGGACUCGCCAGCAGUGAAGCCAGCUUCUGACUCUCAGACGUUGUGUGCUUGUACGGACUGUGGGCAAGUAGCUACAAAUAGGACAGAUUUGGAAAUUCAUGUGAAAAGGUGCCAUGCCAGAGAGAUCAAGUUUUACUGCCAUACUUGUGACUUUUCUAGUAUGUCAAGAAGGGACUUAGAUGAACAUUUGCACAGUAACCAGCAUCAGCAAACUGCUUCUGUCCUGAGUUGUCAGUGUUGUUCAUUUAUAUCCUUGGAUGAAAUAAAUCUUAGAGACCACAUGAAGGAAAAGCACAAUAUGCAUUUUCUUUGCACCCCUUGUAACCUGUUCUUUUUGUCUGAAAAAGGCAUGGAAGAACACAAAGCCACCGAGAAACAUCUUAGUUCAUUGGUUCAACCAAAGACUUUGCAAUCAUCUAACAGUGAUUUGGUUUUACAGACUUUACCUUUAAGUACUUUAGAAUCAGAAAACUCAAAAGAGUCUAUGGAUGACUCAGGAAAAGCAUCUCAGGAAGAACCUGUGACGUCCAGGGUAAGCCAUAGUAAUGAAGUGAGGCAUUCCAGUAAGCCUCAGUUUCAGUGUAAGAAGUGUUUUUAUAAGACAAGAUCUUCUACUGUUCUCACGAGACAUAUAAAGCUUCGGCAUGGUCAGGACUAUCAUUUUCUUUGUAAAGCUUGUAAUCUUUAUUCAUUGAGCAAAGAAGGAAUGGAGAAACACAUUAAAAGAAGCAAGCAUCUUGAAAAUGCUAAGAAAAAUAAUAUUGGCUUAAGCUUUGAAGAAUGUAUUGAAAGGGUAUGCAUAGGUGCAAAUGAUAAAAAAGAAGAGUUUAAUGUUUCUGGAAAUGGAAGGAUUGAAGGCCAUGUAGGUGUGCAAUUACAAGAGCAUUCUUAUCUUGAGAAGGGCAUGCUGGCGCCUAAGGAGCUGUCACAGUCUGGUGGUAGCACCAAAGAUGAUGAAUUAGCUUCGACCACUACUCCAAAGAGAGGGAGACCUAAAGGUAACAUCUCACGGACGUGUUCACACUGUGGUCUUUUGGCCUCUAGUAUUACAAACUUGACUGUUCACAUUAGACGAAAACACAGUCACCAGUAUAGUUAUUUAUGCAAAGUGUGUAAGUAUUACACUGUAACUAAGGGAGAUAUGGAACGUCAUUGUGCCACCAAGAAACAUAAAGGACGGGUAGAAAUAGAAGCAAGUGGAAAACACAGUUCAGAUAUCAUUGUUGGCCCUGAAGGGGGUAGCCUUGAAGCCGGUAAGAAGAAUGCUGGCUCAGCAGUGACCAUGUCAGAUGAACAUGUUAACAAACCUGCUGAAUCACCCACCUCUUUUUUACAAAAGCCAGAUCAUGGAAACUCAGUUGAAGCCGAAGUUGAAAAUGUAUUUCAUUCUCUAGAUGGAGAAGUUAACAGCCAUCUUCUUGAUAAAAAGGAGCAAAUAUCUUUAGAGCCAGAGGACUUCGCCCAGCAGGGGGAUGUGUACUCCCAGAGAGAUGUUACAGGCACAGGUGAGAAUAAGUGUGUGCACUGUGAGUUUAGUGCUCACUCCUCGGCUUCUCUAGAGCUGCAUGUAAAACGGAAACAUACAAAAGAGUUUGAGUUUUACUGCAUGGCAUGCGAUUACUACGCGGUGACUCGUCGCGAGAUGACCAGGCAUGCAGCAACAGAGAAACACAAAAUGAAAAGGCAGUCUUAUCUCAACUCUGCUAAUGUAGAAGCAGGUUCUGCAGACAUGUCCAAAAACAUCAUUAUGCCUGAAGAAGAGCAUCAACAAAAUUCUGAGGAAUUUCAGAUAAUUUCAGAUCAACCAUCUGAUACUCUUAAAUCUAGAAAUGCUGCAGAUUGCUCUAUUUUAAAUGAGAAUACUAAUUUAGAUAUGUCUAAAGUGCUCUGCGCUGCUGACUCUGUAGAAGUUGAGACUGAAGAAGAAUCUAAUUUCAAUGAAGACCAUUCCUUUUGUGAGACUUUCCAACAGGCUCCUGUCAAGGAUACAGUUAGGAAACCUGAGGAGAUGAUGUCCCUUACUAUUAUUUCCUCAAACUAUGGCUCCCCAAGCAGAUUUCAAAAUGAAAAUUCAGGAAGCUCUGCUUUAAAUUGUGAGAUAGCAAAGAAAAACCACGAGGUAUCAAAUGAUACAGGUGAGCUGCGUGUCCAUUGUGAGGGUGAAGGAGGAAGCGCAGGAGAUGGUGGAGGUGUUGUCCCCCACAGACACCUGUGCCCUGCACCGCUCGAUGGGGAGCGCUCGGCUGAAAGCCCUGCGCUUGUUGUGACAAGAAUAACCAGAGAACAGGGAAAUCUGGAGAGCGGGGGUCAGAACAAAGUUACACGUGGUCAUGGUUUGGAAGACUUGAAAGGUGUCCAAGAAGAUCCCACUCUGGAGAAUAAGGAAAUUCUGAUGAAUUCACAAGAUGAAACAGAAAUUAUUUUGGAGGAGGAUGGCCCAGCUUCUGAUAGCACAGUUGAAAGUAAUGACGUCUAUGAAACUAUCAUUAGUAUUGAUGAUAAAGGGCAGGCCAUGUACAGUUUUGGCCGGUUUGACUCCUCCAUAAUAAGAAUAAAGAACCCUGAAGAUGGUGAGUUGAUAGACCAGUCUGAAGAGGGCUUGAUAGCAACCGGAGUGAGAAUUAGUGAACUGUCCUUGAAAGACUGUGCUCAAGGUGUGAAAAAGAAGAAAUCUGAAGGCAGUUCCCUUGGUGAGUCUACACGAAUUCGCUGUGACGAUUGUGGCUUCUUAGCAGAUGGACUGAGUGGACUGAACGUUCACAUAGCCAUGAAGCAUCCUACAAAAGAGAAGCACUUCCAUUGUUUACUCUGUGGAAAGUCAUUCUAUACCGAAAGCAACCUUCACCAGCAUCUGGCUAGUGCCGGCCACAUGAGAAAUGAGCAGGCCAGUGUGGAAGAGCUUCCGGAGGGAGGGGCCACCUUUAAAUGUGUCAAGUGCACGGAGCCCUUUGAUUCUGAACAGAAUUUAUUUCUACAUAUUAAAGGACAGCAUGAGGAAUUGCUACGGGAGGUGAAUAAGUAUAUAGUGGAAGACACUGAGCAAAUCAACCGCGAGAGGGAGGAAAACCAGGGAAACGUCUGCAAGUAUUGUGGGAAGAUGUGUCGAAGCAGCAACUCGAUGGCCUUCCUGGCACACAUUCGCACUCAUACAGGAUCAAAACCAUUCAAGUGCAAGAUAUGCCAUUUUGCAACAGCUCAGCUUGGAGAUGCCAGAAACCAUGUGAAAAGGCACCUUGGGAUGAGGGAAUACAAGUGUCAUGUCUGUGGGGUUGCUUUUGUGAUGAAGAAGCACUUAAAUACUCAUUUACUAGGCAAGCAUGGAGUUGGCACCCCAAAAGAAAGGAAAUUUACAUGCCACUUAUGUGAUAGAAGUUUCACAGAGAAGUGGGCCCUGAACAACCACAUGAAACUCCACACGGGAGAAAAGCCGUUUAAAUGUACCUGGCCCACGUGCCAUUACUCAUUCCUCACAGCCUCCGCAAUGAAAGACCACUACAGGACGCACACAGGCGAGAAGUCGUUUCUAUGUGACCUCUGCGGCUUUGCCGGCGGGACCCGCCACGCCCUCACCAAGCAUCGCCGGCAGCACACAGGAGAAAAACCUUUCAAAUGCGAUGAGUGUAACUUUGCCUCCACAACUCAGUCCCAUUUGACUCGGCACAAACGUGUACACACUGGAGAAAAGCCCUACAGAUGCCCCUGGUGUGACUACAGGUCAAACUGUGCUGAAAAUAUCCGCAAACACAUUCUGCAUACUGGCAAACACGAAGGAGUCAAGAUGUACAACUGUCCCAAGUGUGACUAUGGGACCAACGUCCCUGUGGAGUUCCGGAACCAUUUGAAGGAACAGCAUCCUGACAUCGAAAACCCAGAUCUUGCUUACCUGCAUGCUGGCAUUGUUUCCAAGUCCUACGAGUGCCGUCUGAAGGGACAAGGAGCCACCUUCGUGGAGACAGAUAGCCCCUUCACCGCGGCAGCCCUGGCAGAAGAGCCCCUUGUCAAGGAGAAACCCCUCAGAAGCAGCAGGAGGCCGGCGCCGCCCCCCGAGCAGGUGCAGCAGGUCAUCAUCUUCCAGGGCUACGACGGGGAGUUUGCCCUGGACCCCUCUGUGGAGGAGACGGCCGCCGCCACGCUGCAGACGCUGGCCAUGGCCGGCCAGGUGGCCCGGGUGGUACACAUCACAGAGGAUGGCCAGGUCAUCGCCACGAGUCAGAGCGGGGCACAUGUAGGCAGCGUGGUGCCCGGGCCCAUCCUUCCCGAGCAGCUGGCUGAUGGAGCCACCCAGGUGGUCGUCGUGGGAGGCUCCAUGGAAGGCCACGGCAUGGAUGAGUCCCUCAGUCCAGGUGGCACUGUGAUACAACAGGUGACCAAGCAGGAGAUUUUAAACCUCUCAGAGGCGGGAGUCGCUCCCCCCGAGGCAUCCUCAGCCCUGGAUGCGUUGCUCUGUGCGGUCACUGAAUUAGGGGAGGUGGAGGGCAGGGCUGGACCCGAGGAGCAAGGCAGGCCUGCCCCCAAAGACGUGCUGAUCCAGCUGCCCGGCCAGGAGGUCUCCCAUGUGGCUGCCGACCCUGAGGCCCCCGAGAUCCAGAUGUUCCCACAGGCCCAGGAGAGCCCGGCUGCUGUGGAGGUGCUCACCCAGGUGGUGCAUCCCUCAGCAGCCAUGGCCUCUCAGGAGCGGGCACAGGUGGCCUUCAAGAAGAUGGUCCAGGGCGUCCUCCAGUUUGCUGUGUGUGACACGACCGCGGCCGGCCAGUUGGUCAAGGACGGUGUCACCCAGGUGGUGGUGAGCGAGGAGGGUGCCGUCCACAUGGUGGCCGGGGAGGGUGCCCAGAUCAUCAUGCAGGAGGCUCAGGGCGAGCACAUGGAUCUGGUGGAGUCGGACGGGGAGAUCUCGCAGAUCAUCGUGACGGAGGAGCUGGUCCAGGCCAUGGUGCAGGAGUCCAGUGGCGGCUUCUCCGAGGGCGCCACGCACUACAUCGUGACAGAGCUGCCCCCAGGGGUGCAGGACGAGCCGGGCCUGUACUCCCACACUGUGCUGGAGACUGCAGACUCGCAGGAACUCCUGCAGGCCGGGGCCACGCUGGGCACGGAGGCCGGGGCCCCAAGCAGGGCAGAGCAGCUGGCCAGCGUGGUCAUCUACACCCAGGAGGGCUCCCCGGCCGCAGCAGCGAUUCAGAGCCAAAGAGAAAGCAGCGAACUCCAGGAAGCGUGAGACGCGUGGCACCUUUACUCAGCGCAGAGCAGGUUGGGCAGGUCCAGCUUCGGUGGGGGGCUGUGUUCCCUGAGAUUCAUCUGAAACCUUCAAAACCGUGAGGACGAGGCUCCCAUGAGCCCUGAGCGUGCACUGCCAGCGAGAGUCACACUGGCCACUAGCCAGGCGCCCACAGAGGGAACCGUGGACGGGGCCUCGGGGAGCAGGCUGCCGGGCGCGUGGGAGGGCCGGGCGCAGGCCGCACAGGGAGCUCUGGUCCACUGGGGACCUUCAGUCAGUGGCCGCCCCCUUUGUCCCGGCCCAACGUUGUGCUGAAGAGAAGCCCAGUGUUGUCGGUGGGUUUUUCUCUCACAGGUGUUUUCCGUUUCAGUUAUCAGGUCAUGGCCGUGGGGAAAGUGGUGAAGAUCCCCCUCGUGGCUUGGGGUGCGCCUGCUCGUGCAGUCAGCAUGUAGCUGCCUUUACAUUUCAUUCUCUACUGGGCUAAAAACUGCAGCUACAAGUGUUACUGUCUUGGAGCAUUCUACGUCCAUUCAUUUUUUUUUUUUUUUAAUUUUACAAUAACAGUGUCCCCAGACCAAAGGAAGCCUGCUAGCUCAUUUCAUGUAUAAAUUUCCCAUCUUCAAAGAGUUUAGGUGUCUUCGUUGCUCUGGUCACAUUCUGCAUAAAAGAAAUCCUCUUAAGCCUAUGGUUAAGAAAAGCCUUGAAGUUUAUAUUCAGUUAAAAUGUAUGUUGGUGAAGAUAGCCAGUGCUUCUAAUUUUGACUUAGUUUCAUACAAUAAAGCUUAUAUGUGAAAUGCGCACUCUGGAAGAUAUUGUUUGUAUCAAUAUUUUGCUUUUUAUAACAAGAGUUUGUUCAUAUUGAUACAUUUUUGCAGGAUUUCUUCGUGAUUUCUGUCAAUUUGAAAAUGCUGACAUGAAACAUUAACACAUGGAGACUGUGCCCUGUGGCCCUGCCGUGGCCGCCAGCAUGGUCUGUGUUUCCUUGUGGAUUCACUGCAACUGUCGGAUGCGAGUUUCUGUCGCAGUCAUUUGUUUCGUGAUACAAUUGCUCUUAUUCUUUUCCAAAACUGUAAAAUAAUCUCCUCCCUCAAAUGCAAAGGUUGUUUUUGUUCUGUUUCUGUUUUCUUUGAAAUAAAAUUAUAGCAUUAAAAGAU